AUGGAAAAGGAUAGCAAUAUUUUGAUGAAAUAUAGAGCAGUUACGAAUAAACUUAAAAAACGAUUUCUUAAAAAGCCAAAUGUUGCUGAAGGAAGUGAAGAGUUUGCAAGCUUAGCCAAGAGUUUGAAGAACCAGGAGUGUCCACAGUAUGCAGGCUUUUGUUGCCUGGCUCAAGCAAGGUGUGAACACACCUUGUCAAACCCUGCUGGAGAAGCUCAAGCUCUCAUUGAUGCAGCAAGAGCAUUUCUGGAAGCUGAACUCAUGGACAGGGAGCUUGUAGUACCUGGCUUCCAGGAGCAUUUGACAGCCUCCAUCAACUGCUACAGUCACGCUAUCAGGGUUCAUAUUGAGAACAAGCAGAUUGCCCUGGCUGCUUCUGUCUGCCUGGAAGUGGGCAAUGUUCUCCGAAAAGUUAACAAGCCAGGGGAAGCUAUUGCACACUUUCAGAGAGCUGCAGAGCUACAGUCACAGAGUGCCCUGGAUUGUCUUGAUGCUUUGAAUCUGGUUGCAAAGUGCAAGAUGGACACAAAGGAUUAUGAGGGUGCCCUGGCAGUCCUGACAGAGAUGGCUUACCUGGCACAUGAAAGAGGAGGAUCCUCCACCACGGGCCGGCCCAUUGGAGCGUACUGUGAUAUACUAGCACGGUGUGAAGUCACACGUUUGUUGCUGCUGCUGCUUCUGCAGCCAACCCCUCAGAGAAUCAGACCAGAGCAUGCCCAGACUCUAGAGAAAUACACCUGGGAGUCAUGUGACAGCCUGACCGAGAUGUACCUGGGAGAAGAUUUAUAUCUUCUACUGCAGUCUGUGGUGCUGGCCUGCCAGUCUCAUGACCUGGUGUCCCUGAAAGCUCUACAGAAGGAACUCUGGCCCUUGUUGAACUGUGAACAGAACCAGCUGUUGCACUUUGUCAUACAGGAGAUUGCACAUCCUAGUGGAGAAGGCAUCUAG